AUGCCAGUGAGAUCAAGAUCACCUAUACAACAGGAGACAAAAGGAGAAAGUGGAUCCGAGAGCGAAUCCGAGCUUUAUUCAAAGGCGUAUUUGGAUGGCCUACUGCAGAAAGCGAGGGAUGCUGUCAAUCCUUCGGGAGAAUCAUCUUCAAAUCCAGCUGAAGAGGAGUUUAUGAGACUUCAAAGUGAAGAGGCGGACGGAAAGGACCUCCCCUCUCUCGAUGCUUCGCGUUUAUUACCGGAACCAUACUUUGAAAACCUCAACGAACGCAACAAGGUCCCCAAUCUCUCAAAAGGUGUUCUCGUGGAGUCGGUUGCAUCCUCUUCCAACACCCCAGCGUUACCAGAAGGCCCAGUCCUAGGAAAAGACGGAAAACCGCUCACGAAGAGAGAGAUGAAAGAACUACGGCGUAAGAGUGCCAAAAUUGGUUACUUUGAGCUACCUACCCCAGAUGAUGCACAAUUGGCCAAGAUAAGAAAGGAAGCAGAAGCUGUGAGGUUGCGAAACGCGUUGGAUCCCAAAACCUUUUACCGAAAGGACGCUGUCAUAAACGUGAAGAAUAUGCCAAAGCAAAUUGCUCUUGGCACCAUUCUUCCGACCACCACACCAUUCGGAACCGCGAGUACAGACAACUUGACGCGUGCAGAGCGGAAACGUAGCAUCGUCGACGAGCUCGUAGAAGAUUCAGAGGCGAAGCGGUACGCCAAGCGUAAAUUCGAAGAGCUCCAAGGCGUGCAUCGUGAACGAGGACGGGAUACGCUAACACGCAAAAGACUCGCUCGAAAGCCAAAAUGGUAA